AUGGCACAAGAGAAUUUAGCAAGAAAUAUCUCGGCCCUCUCCCUGGAUCAGCAGACAUCAGGUAACGUGUCAAGAAAGAGUCGAAGACCUAAUAGGGCAUAUCAUGAUCUGGCAUCGGGAUUGAGUGCUCCUUCCACUCCUUUUUCCGGACCGCCGUCCAACCAGGGAGGGUUUCCGUUCAACAAUGGUUCAUUCACUCCAGUUUUAUCUGCAAAUGGUUCAAUGAGUGCACCAAGGCUUCACAAUGAGAGUCCACUGGUCGGCUCGACUGAUCAAUUUUCCCAAUCACAAGCUUAUAGUCAGCCAAAUGGUGAAUGCGCACCAGCCUACAGUAGCUCCCAUUAUGUUGCAACUCAAAGAUGGGAGGAUCAAUUGCAAUACCUGACCAAAACAUUUGAGACCUCUAAGGAUUCUGUCCCACCACUACCAACUACACAGUUUUAUUGUGCCGAUCAAGGUGCUUGUGACCCUCGUUUAUUGAGCCUGUCAAUGUAUAACGUUCCUGUAGACGAGAGUUUGAGAUCUGCGACAAAACUACCAUUGGGAAUAUCCAUUCAGCCUUUUGCGAAUUUGAUCCCGAAUGAGCCCAUUCCUACAGUUACGCUUGGCGGUAACCAGGGACCAUUGCGUUGCAGACGCUGUAGAUCAUAUGUCAAUGCUCGUUAUAAAUUGGGGUUUGAUUCGACUGUUACUUGUAAUAUUUGCAAAGUAAAAACUCAAUUCUCGCCUGAUGAGUAUCCAGUGCUUGAUCCCCAAAUGGGCAACAGUCAGAACUCUCCAAUGCUUACUAAAGGCUGUGUCGAAUUUUUGGUUCCUGAAACAUAUAAUGCUAAACAGAGUAAAGAACCAUUGCCAUUGCAUUAUUUGUUUUUAAUCGAUCUUUCUUUAUUGGCUAACGAAAACGGAAGUUCCUUGGCAGUUGUAGAAGGUGUUAGGACUUGUAUUGAAUAUAUAUCUGAUUUCCAACCGAACUGCAAAGUCGCCAUAAUGGCUUUUGAUAGUAAGAUCAGAUUUUUCAACUUAAGACCAGAACUUGAUACGGCUCAGGAGUAUGUUGUUACUGAUAUUUACGAUGCAUUUUUACCGAUGUUAAAUGGUUUAUUUGUUAGACCACAAGAAUCUCAAAGAGUCAUUGAUGACACUUUAAGAAAAAUCACAAACUAUAUCGCUAGCGAGAAAUUUAGCCAUGUUAUACAAGUCUGCUAUGGACCGGCUUUACAGGCUGCGAAACUUGCAAUUGACACCAUAACGGGUGGACAAGGGGGUAAAAUAUUUUGCUCAUUAAACUCUUUACCAACUCUCGGGCAUGGCAAUUUAUCAUUGAAGAAAGACGAUGCGACCAAGAAAAAUCUAAGAUGCGAAAAUGAUUUCUAUGCCAAGUUGGGAAAUGAGAUGCUACAUUCAUAUGUUUCUGUGGAUUUAUUUGUUACGAGCUCCGCCUUUGUCGAUAUGGCUACAGUUGGAUUUGGAGCGGACAUUACGGGGGGUACUAUCAAAUACUAUCCUAGUUUCUCUCAUGAAAAGGAUGAGUUCACACUUGUGAAUGACAUGCUGCAAAGUGUUUCAAGUAUUGUAGGUUACCAGGCGUUGCUAAAGAUUCGUUGCUCUACGGGCCUUGUAGUCUCACAGUAUUAUUUAGAAGCGUCUGGAAAUUCAGAUCGUGAUCCGAUGAUUCCAGUCUUAACGAAGGAUACCACAAUAGAUGCUUUAUUGAAGUACGACCAAAAAUUGAAACCUAACACUGAGAUGUCAUUCCAAGCAGCUUUGCUUUACACAGAUCUCGACGGUAAAAGAAAGGUUCGCUCGAUCAACACAUAUGCUACGGUAUCAGGGAAUAUAAGAUCAAUAUUUCAGUCUAUCAAUCAAAAUGUUGCGAUGAGAAUUAUGACUAAGGAGGUCAUCACUUCAUUAGGUGAUUGUGACUUUAUCAACCUUAGAAAGAAAAUUGAUGCAAAGAUGGUUGAAAUACUAACGCAAUAUAAAGCGUUGAUUGGUGGUAGCUUAAGUUCACAAUUAGUCCUACCAGAAGCCUUGAGGACGUUACCUGCAUAUAUGUUAUCUUUUGAGAAAACCGAAUUAAUGGCACCUAACGCACAUAGUGCCCGUGGUAAUGAGCGCAUUUACGAUCUGUUCAAGUUUAAAACAAUGAACAGUGCUCAGCUUUCCUACAAACUCUACCCACAGGUGGUUCCGCUUCAUGUUUUACUAGAAGAGAGUGACCUGUCAUUUUAUGAUGCUGACGAGAAACUUUUGCAGGUUUUACCAUCUUCAAUGGAAAAUCUAUCUGUAAGGAAUUCACAUGCCAGCAUAACUAACGGUGGAUGUUAUUUGAUCUUCCAGGGUGACAAGGUGUAUUUGUGGUUCAACGAAAAUACAAAUAGAAUGCUUCUCCACGAUCUCUUAGAAGUUGAAGACUCAGUGCACAUUUCCCAGAUCACUCUUUUUGGUGGCUCUUUACCUGAAUUGUCGACAGAGGUCAAUGCGAAGGCAUUGCAGGUUAUCAAAUAUUGGUGUCAAGCAACAAAUAGAGCUUCGUUAUCAAUUGAACUUCUGAGACCAAAUGUGGAUCAAUACUAUAGUCGCAUCAUGGCGCAGCUCCUAGUUGAGGAUAAAACGAUCAAUAAAAUCGAUGCUUUAGAUAACUACCUCGUUACCAUGCACCGUCUGAUCCAAGAAAAAUACAAGAAAGACGAUUACGUGAAAGUCAGUACUGUCUCCAACAAUAACGAAAACGAUAGCAUGCAUCAGAAAUUUGUCCAGUUCUAA